CGGGCCCGGCCCGGGAGGAGCCGCGCCGCCGACGGUUAUAAGAAGCCGGCUCGCAGGCGCCCCGCGCGCAGCCGCCCGACCCCCGCCCGGAGCACCGGUCGCCGAGCGCGGGCCGAGGCGGGGCCGCAAGGUUGGCCCCCAAAGGGAUGCUCUCGCCCGAGCGGCGAGACCAGCCCCGCUCGCCCCUCGCCGCCGCCGCGCCGCACCCGCCGACGGCCGCCGACAUGGCUCUCUACUGCGGCGACAACUUCGGCGUGUACUCGCAGCCCGGCCUGCCCCCGGCCGCCGCCGCCGCCACCGCCCCGGGCGCGCCCCCGGCCUCCAGGGCGCCCUACGGGCUGGCCGACUACGCCGCGCCGCCGGCCGCCGCCGCCAACCCCUACCUGUGGCUCAACGGGCCGGGCGUGGGCGGCCCGCCCGCAGCCGCCGCCGCCGCCGCCGCCUACCUGGGCGCCCCGCCGCCGCCGCCGCCCCCCGGGGGCGCGGCCGGGCCCUUCCUGCAGCCGCCGCCCGCCGCCGGCACCUUCGGCUGCGCUCAGCGGCCCUUCGCGCAGCCCGCGCCCGCCGCGCCCGCCUCGCCCGCGGGGCCCGCCGCGCCCGGCGAGCUGGGCUGGCUGUCCAUGGCCAGCCGCGAGGACCUGAUGAAGAUGGUGCGGCCGCCCUACUCGUACUCGGCGCUCAUCGCCAUGGCCAUUCAGAGCGCGCCCGAGCGCAAGCUCACGCUCAGCCACAUCUACCAGUUCGUGGCCGACAGCUUCCCCUUCUACCAGCGCAGCAAGGCCGGCUGGCAGAACUCCAUCCGCCACAACCUGUCGCUCAACGACUGCUUCAAGAAGGUGCCCCGCGACGAGGACGACCCAGGGAAAGGUAAUUACUGGACCUUGGAUCCAAACUGUGAGAAAAUGUUUGACAACGGGAACUUCCGCCGGAAGCGGAAGCGCCGCUCCGAGGCCAGCAGCACCUCCACGGUGGCCGCAGGGACAUCAAAAUCAGAAGAAGGGCUUUCCUCAGGAUUGGGAUCUGCAGUGGGUGGGAAGCCAGAAGGAGACAGCCCCUCGGCUUUGCUAAGGCCUUCGCAGUCCCCGGAGCCUCCGGAGGGUACUAAGAGUACUGCCUCCUCCCCAGGAGGAUCCAUGCUCACCUCCACCCCGUGCCUCAACACCUUCUUCAGCAGCCUCAGCACCUUAAGUGUCAGCAGCAGUGGGAGCACCCAGCGAGCUCUCCCUGGCAGCCGCCACCUAGGGAUCCAGGGGACCCAGCUGCCGUCCAGCAGCGCAUUUCCCCCCAGCUCCAUCUCAGAGGCCUCGCCAGACAACCUGCAGCUGAGUAACAGCAGCACCAGCAACGGCAGCAGCCAGAGGUCUUCCUAUUACAGCCCCUUCCCCACCAGCACCAGCGGGGGUCAAAGCAGCCCCUUCAGCAGCCCUUUCUACAACUUCAGCAUGGUCAACAGCCUCAUCUACCCCCGGGAGGGCUCCGAGGUAUAGAGCGCUGCUGCUCAGACUUGAAUAUGCACACCUGAGAUCUUGUUAAAAUGCACAUUCCAAGGCCGUAGGUCUGGGGCAGGAACUGAGACUCCGCAUUUCUCUGGAGCUCCCGGGUGAUCUUGUGGCCCAUUGACCACACCUGGAGUAGCAUGGGUCUAGUAGAUAACUCUUUCUACAACCCAGCGAGGUUUUACAGGCUUCUCUGGAUAAGGGCCUCCCUGGAGAGAGAGUCAUCUCACUGUUCUGGGAUGGUACCUGUGAGCCCUGUGAAGGCGGGGACCAUGUUUUGUUCAUCACUGUUUAUCAGGGUUCCAAGCUCAGAUGUGUACCAGGGCCAGCUAGGAAACAAGCGAAUGAAGUUAUUGGGUGGGAAAAAGGUAGCAGUUGGCAACUGAAGCAGUAGGGGGUGUCUGGGACUGAGCAGCUGAAUGAAGGCUGCUGUGGGCAGAUAGUUAGCUCCUGCCUGGCAGCUUUCUGAUUUUUCUAGAAAAGUUGGAUAUGUGGAUUUUUAUAGGAAACCUCUAUUUGUAUUCUUUGUCACAAAUUAAAGUUUUAAAAAUACUGUAGUAGGAAACACCACAAAUCCUUGAGCUGUAUCCAGCUCACGAAUCACCUCUGCGUAUGCUCAGUGUCUGGUACAUGGUAGGUACUAAUAGCAAUAAAAGUGCCCAGGCAAGCCCUGUGUGCCAGGCACUGCUCUAGACACUUGACGUGUAUUAACUCAGUUAAUCCUCACAACAACCUUGGGAGAUGGGGUUUGCUACUACUCCUCGUUUUUUAUAUGAGGGCAGUGAAACUCCAAGAUAUUAGGUAACCGCCCAAGGCCACACAGCUAGUAAGUCGUGGGGCCAGGAUCAGGUCCAGGCAAUCUGGCUCCAGAGCUGGUGCUUGUAAGCUUUUGUGUUCUAGUUCCUGAAAAACAAAGGUGCCCGCGUCCAUAGGCAGACAUAGCAUAUCGGGGGUAGGAAUGAGCAAGAUCUCAUUGGACCAAAGAUUCUGGUUGAAAUAAAUCACUUGAGAUGUUAAUGGACACCACCUCUGCCUUAUUUUUUCUGCCACAGUCCUGAGGUGACCAUCGUCCUAGUUAACUUGAUGCUCCAUCCCUUUUAGCAUGUGUCCUGGAUUUUUCAUUUUUUAACAAAGUCUUAGAAUUUUAUUAAAAAUAGUCUUUAAAUGGAAUUUUUAUAGUUUUUAAAUAAACCAUUUGUGGUCAAAAAAUUUUUUUAAAUAUAAUUUAUUUUUAGUCUUCCCUUUUACUUCUCAAGAGGUGUCUUCAUUUGAAUAAUUUUUAUGGUCAUCCUCCCAGUGCCCAGUAGAGUGCCUGGUACGUGGCAGACACUUAUCCAAAAAGCGUUAAUUCAAAUGUGGUUAGUUGAUUUCUUUGGAACAGCGUUGCGUUAAGCUGAAGAUAUGCCCUGUUGCCUUUGUACCAUGUUGUUGGGUCUUCAAUAGGAGCGUUACUGGUUUGGGGUUUUAAUUUUUUUAGAAAAAGGAACACAAGUGCAUUGUGAAAAAUUUCUGACUUUUCCCUGUGUAUUCUAUCUUGAGACUCACAGCAUUUCUCUUAAAUUUUUAUUUUGAAAUAUACAUACAGAAAAUUAUUUUUUGAACAGUUUAUUGAGGUAUAAAUAACAUGACCAUUACUUGUUAAGUAUUAUGCAGAAAGACAACCAAAGAGACUACCUACCCCCAUAUUGUGUGUACAAAAAACCAGUUUCUAUGGAUAUUUUUCUAUGUGAAAAAUCGUAUGAACUUUUAUAAAUAUUGUUUCUAAUACAAUUUUAUAUUUGUAAAUUAAUUUAUAAUGUGAACUGGGACAAAACAUUUUUUUCCCAAGAAAGUACACUGCAUGCUAAGAAUCACAUGAAAUAAACUUUAAGUGGGAUGACGUUG